CGCAGCGUCGCAUGAGGCCUCAGUUUGGAGCCGGCGUCUCAAUUCCUUCGCAGCUACGAUGGGUCAAUUACGUUGAUCGCUGGACAAAGGGUGGGAAGAAAUAUACCGAUCGCCCAAUCGAGAUUGUUGAGAUUCACGUAUGGGGACUUCGAAACGGUGUCAAAAUGGAGGUGGAAUGCUUCGUCGAUGAAGGCAAGAAUAUUAAGACUGUGCACACGUUCUCAAAGGAAGAGAGGAUGGUGGUUGAAGCAGGUGCGCCUGAAGGCGGCGGCCUGACGGAGAUAAUGUGGGAUUUGGCGGGGUACUCGAGUCCAAAGGACAAGGACAAAGAGUCAGAAAGCUCAUCAAAUGGAGAGUCCAAGAAGAAGGGCUCUCUUGACUCUCCAUCCUCGCUGCGAUCGGCUGACCCGUCAAUGGAGCAGCUUCUACGACGAAAGAGUGCUAAGCUGAUUGAAAAAGUAUCGCCGCCGGGAUCCCAUUCGAAAAUUGACAAAUUUCGAGCCAAGAUCAAUUCCAAUGACAAGGCUCCUUCUCCAACAAUGUCUUCUCCAUCAGAGGUCCGCACAGAGGCUCCCGACGAAGCAGAGCCUGGCGGCAAAGCCGUCAUCAUGAAGCCCAUGACCCCGAUCCGAAUUGCCCACAGCGACGUCAACAUCUCCGUUGAGCGGCGAAACAGGACGUCCAAAUCCAUGGGCCUGACAAUGGUUACAGCCGUCGCUCAUGUGUGGUUCAAUGUGUUUUUCGAGGGGGAUGGCCCAGAGAAGGAGGGCAAAGCAGACAGAAAUGGCGUGUUUGAGAUAGAAUGGGAAGCCAUGGACGGUAUUCGAGGUUCUAGCAGGAAGGGAACGAGAGCGUUCGAUCGCAUGUCGGUUGUAUGGCGAGUAGCAGAUAGCGGCGAGGCCAAGGCAGAAGAAGAGGUUAUCGAGCCCAAGGAAGGCGAGCCGGUGCCGCAAACCAAGGCUGCGGAUUGGAAAGGCGCAGAUAUUGCAAAGCCUCCGGAUGCCGAAAAGGAUCUCGGAUUACGGAUGCAGAGUCCUCUCAGCGUAAAUGUGAGCAGGGCCAGCAGCAUCAGGAGUGCGGAGGGGACGGUGGAUGAGCAAGGCCAAGGCCAAGGGUCGAAACGUGACGAAUCAAUGGAAGGUCUAAAACGCAGUGGGCCGUCAGGCGAAGAUUUGGAUGAAGAAAGCAAAAAGGCUUAGGAGGCAUUGGGGGGUUGAAGAAGACGUGAUAUACGAUUAUUAGAGACGCAUUAUUUGCUAUAGCUAUUUUGAUACCAACGCUGAAUGAACUCGUUUUUGAG